AUGGACAAUCGUUGUUAUUCUUGCACUUCGAAGUUCAGCCUCUUCAAAAAGGAGCUCGCAUGUAAAAACUGCGGCCGCUCCUUAUGCUCCAGCUGCCUGACUCUAAGUGCUGUGGUGCCUCGCUGUGGCAACACUGUACAAAAAGUGUGCAAGCAGUGCCACACUUCUCUGACAGGUGGUGGGAAUGUUCCAAACCAAAGCAGCAACAAAAGAUGGUCUCCUCCUGAAAAUUAUAAAAGGCGUGUCGCUGCAUUAGAAACAAGACAACAGGGUCAGGCAGCACAGGCUCAAGGGGGCAGCAUGAAUCCCAUUCUGACCCCACCCAUCCCUAAAGGCCUCUCUAAAGAAGACCAGGAGAUUGCUUUGAGGCUACAAAAAUUAAAGCAGGAUGCCCCCACACCAAAAUCUAUUCCUUCUGACAAAGAGCUUGACGCUCGCCUUGCUGUGUUGAAAGCUCCAAGCAAACCAGUGCCUUCUGCCAAAGAGAUGGAAGACCGCUUGGCAGCUCUACAGGGCUUGUCUCCCCCAUCACAAGCUCCUCCACCUGUGCACAAGCCUCCAGACAACAGGACACAGACAGAACAAGUCAAUAAUCUGAUUACUCAAAUGACAGAGGAAGUUGCCAUUGACAACACACAAACAGACCCUGAAAGCAGUGUAAAUUUGGACUCUAUGAAUGAUUUAAACAAAGUGGAAGCAGGAAUGUUGGAGGAUAAUCUUGAAGAAAAUAAUGAGAAUUCCAAGCAGUUAGAGGCAGAGAAGACCCGUGUACUGGAGGAGGCCAUGCAGGAGCUGAAGAAAGAGAACCACACCCAGGAUGAAAUACUGCAGAUGGCCAAAAGAUUAGCACAGUUGAAAGGACAGGACCCAGACAAAGUUACCAGGGAGGACUUUCAGUGCCCAGACAGUGAUGAGGAGACUGAAGAGGAAGCUGUACUAAGGGUUUUAAAGCAGAUUUCAGAAGAAGCUGCAUUAGAUGAGGCGAGUGGCUACAAUAUACCCCCAGAAAAGAGUGGGCCGAGGAACACAGAUGGGAAAGCUGCCCCUAAGGCAUCAGCUCAUAAAAGUAAAAAUAGAAUGGCAGCAAUUUCUUCUCCGCAAUCAGACAGUGAUGACGAAGAGCUCCCAUGGUGCUGCAUCUGUAACGAAGAUGCGUCUGUUCGCUGUCAUACUUGUGACGGAGACUUGUAUUGUCACCUCUGCUUCAGGGAAGGCCAUGAUAAAUAUGACAGGAUGGAGCACCGCACUUCCAACUACACUGCACCAAAGAAGAAGAGGAAGACGUGA